AUUUCUCUUCCAUAUCCCGUGUUUUUGUAUCAUCGGUGGGGAAAUUUACCCCCACGCCAUUGCCAUAUCGAGCAGUAUAUCGAUGCAUUGUCUGUUACAACAUUUUAAUAAUUCAACGUGUUGUCGUCGCGUUAAAUAGAGGCGUCAAGCUAGCUGCAAUAUUUCACCGGGAUUUCACAAUAAAGGUCUGGCGGUUGACUCUCAUCACAGCAAAUAAGGUUAUUUUAGGGCAUGCAUGCCGCUUUAAAACUAAGCGCGAAGAGGACAUCUGAGGUGAAUUGGAAGUAACUGGCAGUUGUAAAUUUAGAGGGUUUGACAUGCCAAAGGAGGAGCCUUGCUUGAGUGAGGCCAGUCAGUCUGCAACGUCCAACAAAAAUGCUAAGGAUAAGGGAAACAAGACAACUCUCUUGACAAUAUGUGACACUAAAACCACGGAUGGUUCCAGUGGAAGCGGCUCACACUGUAGCUCAGAAAAAGACUCUGGCUACUCUGACACUGGUUCAGACUGGCAGCAGACAGAUGUGGAGGACCAGCGUGGUAACAAAAGCCAGUCUGGUGGAAGUAACUGUGCAGCUUCUUCACAGUCAGGCCAAAACAACAAUCUCAGGGAGGAUAGUCGUGAGAAUCCUACCUUGGUGCCAGUGAGGCCUGAACUCAAACCUUUAUAUAUCAUAAAGAACAUGGUGCUUAAGCAGCCGGACAUCAUCCAGAACCGAGGUCAGCUGCUCUGGCCAAGUGGAAGCAGAGGGGCCAGUGUUUCUGGUACCAACCAUGUAAUAAUGGUCCGGCCGCCGACUUUAGUGCCUGCCACACUUCAACUCCAUAAGCCCUUGUCCCAUAAAAGCAACAUCACAGGGAAGAAAAUAAGUGGUACUUACCUACCGAUUCUUAACUCAUACCCUCGUAUUGCCCCACACCCCAGCAAGAAGCCACCUGACAAAUCCUCAUCAAACGAUGAAUCCCAGAAUAUGAGUAAACGUGUCUGCACAGAAUACAAGAGUGAUGAUACAACUGUGACCAGGAGUGUGCAUGAGCAGCACAUUCAUAAGCAACCCAAAUUAGCAGUCAGCACAUGUGGGCUGCCAGGCCCAUCUCUCUCUCCAACCACAGAUAAUCUGACUUCCUCCAGUUCCACUAAUGUUUCAUCGAGCCAGGCUUCCUCAUCUGCAUCCACACCCUCCUUAUCCACAACCAGAGGAUUUCACAGAAACAUUGUCAUCAAUACUCACCACCACUGUCUCCGUAACACAGUAGAAGUUCUCAAGAAGUCAGGUUUGCUGGAUAUCACACUGCGAACUAAGGAGCUGCUACGCCAGAGCAACGCAACGGAGCGGGACAUAGCCCAGCUACGGCAGCACUCUGACCUACUGUGCCACACUGCCAGCACAAACCCAAACAGUAUCACAGCAUGGGAAAAUCUACACCGGGUCAUGGCUGAGACUGGCAGCUACCCCAACCUCAGUGACUUGCAAACUCUACAGACACCACAUACACAUUCAGAGUCAGCCAAUAAACUAGAAAGUAUUUCUGAAGAUGACAGAGUUCCACCGGUGGGUGAGAACUCAGGCAUGCCUCGCUGUGACCUUCCCACAGUGACAAACACAAGGGAGAACAGUUCUGUACCACAGCAGUCUCAGUCAGAGCAAGGCAGUGAGCUUCAGUCGAGUGACAAACCUCCUGACAAAGUUACCUUUAUGCCUCCUGACAGUUCUACUGGUUAGCAUAAACUGUAGUGCCUUCAAAGGAAGAGUGAGUACUCAGGGCUAGCCAAUAGAGAACCAGAAGAACUGGUCAAAUUUUCUAGUAAUAGUGUUUAAAGUGUUAAUGAGUUAUCCCUUGUUAUUAAAUAGUCAUCAAACUAAAUGUCUCUGUAGCUCAGUGAAAAUUAAUAGUGACACAUUUGGUACAAAGCCAUGCCACUUGAAAUUGUUUUAUUGCUCAAAACACGUCAACAGAAUUGAGUUUUUGAGACCUAAGAGGUGAUCCUUUACAAAUGUACUCAGCCUAAAUCACUCUAAACAUUUGAGCAUAGAUUUCAUUCUACUACGGUCAAGGGAAAAGAGGUGUCUGCUUCCAAGAUACCUGCGGAAUUGUGAAAAAAAAAAAUCCUCUGAAGGCGGACACUGGUUUACACUGAAGUGAAAGUGAAUGCACCAAUGACGCCUCCAGCAAGGACCAUCUGUGAAGCUGUCAUGUCAGAUCAUCACACACUACAUCAGGAGAAAUACAAAUAAAACCAACUGGUAGAUACAAGUGGAGGUUUUUAUGACCUGAUUUAGUUUAGUAAUGAGAGUCAGCAGCCAAAGUAAAGACAGUGCCUUCAAGACUCAGCUGACUGUAAAGGAUCUCAGAAAGGACUGUCUUCUGAAGAAACUGGUAGCUUCUGUGACGUGGGAGCUGAGGAGUGGACUCUCAGCCACAUCACAGACUGCACUACACUGGACUGCCGUCAAGCCUUUUUAUGCAAAUGCUGGUUGAACUGCCUUAAAGCUGCAAGAGGCUGAAAUCAGGGGGGAAAAGACCAGAGUUUGCUAAUGCACACCCUUCUUCUGCAGCUCUCUCCUCUCUGUCCAGAUGAAAAGAUGCCAUUUCAUGCUGCAAUGAGAAAAAGUGAAGCCAAAAUACCAGAGCUAAGAAAGUUGCCAAAUUUCUUUGACAAAUGGAGUAGAGCAGUAGUGUCAUGUCUGAGGGACUUGGUAAUUAAUGCUGACAAUUACAUAUUUACUUCUCCAUACCUCUGAAAACACCAGUCAUUGGACAAAAUCUUAUGUCACAGGGUAGAUUUUCUUCAUCCUGUUUACAAGGUCAGAAGACGCAGUAAGUGUCUUUCUUCUUAGACCACUUGAAGUAGUUUGCUGAAGGUGAUCAUGCAAUUGUGUCCAGUGAUGCCACUGCCAUCAAGGCCAUCACACAGUGAGCUUUACUCAGCUUUACCUCCUUAUUCCUCAUCAGGCUGAUUAUAAGGCUCUUGGUUCAUUUCACAAAAUACAUUAGUGGAAAAAAA